CACAACAAAACAUGAUCAACAACAGGAAGCUUCUUGCCAUGGCAAGAAAGUGGCAGAAGUUGGCAGCCAUCGGCAGGAGAAGAAUCUCAUCACCAAGAAGUAAAUUGCAGAGGGAUGUGGAUGAGUGCAGCGCAAUGGUGACUGUUAAAGAUCACUUCGUUGUGUACACGGCUGAUCAGAAACGUUUUGUUAUUCCAUUGACGUAUCUCAACAAUCCCAUCUUCAUAGAGUUACUCAGAAUGUCUGAAGAAGUGUUUGGACUACCGAGUGAUGGGCUGUACUGCUGAAAUUAAGUGAUGAAUCA